ACUUGAAGGCAGCAUCAGCAGCAGCCAGAAGAACUGGUAGGUAUCUGCGUCCACAUCACCAGCAACCGGCGGGCACUUACAGGUUCCGCACUCAGGCUAAAGACGGGGGGAACAGCAACAACAGAGAAGACCUUGGAGCCGACAUUACAUGUAAACAGAGGCCACUCAGAGGACCCUCACACAGAACCGCAGGUACAAACUCACAGACAGAGCCAUGGUGGAGUACUACCAGAUAUUAGGAGUCCAGAAAAAUGCAACCCAAGAGGAUAUCAAAAAAGCUUACAGAAAAUUGGCAUUGAAAUGGCAUCCAGACAAGAACCCAGAUAACAAGGACGAAGCAGAGAGAAGGUUCAAAGAGCUUUCAGAGGCAUAUGAAGUUCUCUCUGAUGAAAAUAAGAGGAAUACUUAUGACCGAUUCGGCAAAGAAGGCCUUUCAGGAGGAGGAGGAGGAGGAGGAGGAGGAGGAGGAGGCCAUUACGAUCACUUUGGCGGCGGUGGCGGCUUCACAUUCCGUAAUCCCGAGGACGUUUUCAGGGAAUUCUUUGGUGGCAGAGAUCCAUUUGCAGAUUUAUUUGCUGACGACCCCUUUGAGGAUUUCUUCGGUCGCAGUCGCCAGAGGGGCGCAAGCCGAAGCAGGAUGGGUGGACCGCGUUUUGGUUUUGGGGGUUUUCCAGCAUUUGGGCCUGGUUUCUCAGGGUUUGAUUCAGGUUUUAACUCAUUUGGAGACAUGGGUGGAGGAGGGUUCACUUCCUUCUCCUCUUCAUCUUUUGGUGGUGGGGGAGGAGGAAUGGGUAACUUCAGAUCUGUGUCGACCUCCACCAAGGUCAUCAACGGCAGAAAAAUUACUACAAAACGGAUUGUGGAGAACGGCCAGGAGCGGGUGGAAGUGGAGGAGGACGGUCAGUUAAAAUCUCUAACAGUUAAUGAUGUUGCAGCCGAAGACCCGUUGGAGGAAGAAUUUCGUCGCCGCAGACAAAACAUGCUCCCUGGCUUCGGCCUGCACCAGCGCUACCUGAGGAACUCCGCCCAAAACCCCUCGGAGGAAGAGGAGGAGCACGGCUUACAGAGCCUGGGACUAACGAGAGGACACACAGACACCAAGAGGAAGAAACUGUGGCUAAAGGAGACAGAGUCGAAAAAGAAAAGGGCUCCUCGACUCUUCCCUCGUUUUGGUGGACUUGGUGCCUUUUUUUAAACACCCUCAACACAAUACUUACACACACACACACACAUAUAUAUAUAUAUAUUUGUUGGCAGAAGUGCCAUCAAUCAUACGUGGCAUUAGUUCAUCGUCACUAUGUAUAGGAGGCCUCAGUGCCGUGCAAUAUCUCCAUAAGUCUAUCAACUCCUGCCUGCCUUCAUCAGUCAAACAGUAGCCUGCAGAGACCUCACUUCAGUGUUUUGUCUUGUCCAAGAUACAUUUUUAGUGGUUAAGCUUUUGGUAUUUCUGUAUUUAUUGUGGGUGGGCCCUGUGGAUGAACAGUGAGCAUUCAGAGCCUUAAUUAAUCUCCUGUGAUUACACUUUUACAGCACACAUUUUCAGAAAGUGUGUUUGAAAGAGUUCAGGUAGAAGGAGAGCUUCAGUAGCAGCUUUGUUUGUGAUAAGCAUGAAAUUGACUGCAGUAAUGCUGUCAAGCAUGUGAGAAUAACUGAAGGUCAAGCUAUUCAGCGGAUCCAACGAGAAGAGAGAAGGAUAUCUAGGCAAUGUGAGAGUAAAACAGAAUGAAAGCAUUGAACAGUGAGUUUUAUUACAGAAAGAGAUUAACAUGUUCUCCUCACACCUGCAAAACACAUGAAACGUGACUAUCAACACUCUGGCAGUUGCAUUUCCCACUCUUUUAUCGCUACGCCUAUUGGGUUUCAAAGUCAUUAUUUUUUUCUUUUGUAGGUUUCUUUGUACAAAGUGGAUUCAGCAACAUGUUAACCUUCCGUGAGUGUUUUUGUAAAAGAUUUCUUAAGCUAAAAUAUAUUUUCCCUUAUCUGAUUUGUCCUUGACGCAUUGUUCUCGUGAUUACUGUGGAAAUGCAGAACUUGUUUUUGGACUCCUAACAAUAAAGGCUUAUAGACAAACAUG